AUGGCUGGAUCAGAUGAGGUUAACAGCCACCCGAGGGAGAAUAAUGAUGCUCCCAGAGUUAAUAUAACUGGUGCGGAACUGCAGGCAUUAAUAGAUAAUGUCGUUACACGAGCUCUCGACAGACAUCAUGGAGAACUUAGAUUGUCAAGCAUACCUUACAAGUUUCAAUACCAUGUCUCGAUUGGUUCCUUACAUGAUCACACCGGAACCAAAACGAAUAGCUCGCUUUAUUGGGGGUCUACCCCACAAAUAAAGGCAAGUGUGAAAGCAUCGAGACCUACUACAUUCAGGUCAGCGGCAGACCUGUCGCUAUCUCUUACACUCGAUGUAGUCAGAAACAAGGCUGCCAAAGCCUCUAAAGAUGGAAAGCGUAAAAGGGAGGAUGAGGAUUCUCAUCGCUCCGAUAAGAAGACAAAGAGGAACUCUGAGGAUAAGAAGAGUUCCGGGUUUAAGAAAGACAGCCAGCAGUCGGAUAAGACACAUGCCAAUGAUACUACGAUUGUGAGCCUUAGAAUUUCUGAAGAUGUUCUUCAAACUAUGAUAAAUGCAGCUGUUGGGAAGGCUGUGAAGAAGGCUAAUUCAAGCUACAUGGCUGGAUCAGAUGAGGUUAACAGCCACCCGAGGGAGAAUAAUGAUGCUCCCAGAGUUAAUAUAACUGGUGCGGAACUGCAGGCAUUAAUAGAUAAUGCCGUUACACAAGCUCUCGACAGACAGUAUGAUGAAUCAAGUGAUAUACACUCUAAGACUCUAUCUGUGGCUCGUAGUAAGCCCCUUUCUAAAUCACACGAGACAAAGGAAGACGAUGUUCGUAACUCGUCAAAACAAAGGAGUGUUCCAUCUAGACAGAAUUCAAGCUACAUGGCUGGAUCAGAUGAGGUUAACAGCCACCCGAGGGAGAAUAAUGAUGCUCCCAGAGUUAAUAUAACUGGUGCGGAACUGCAGGCAUUAAUAGAUAAUGCCGUUACACAAGCUCUCGACAGACAGUAUGAUGAAUCAAGUGAUACACACUCUAAGACUCUAUCUGUGGCUCGUAGUAAGCCCCUUUCUAAAUCACACGAGACAAAGGAAGACGAUGUUCGUAACUCGUCAAAACAAAGGAGUGUUCCAUCUAGACAGGUGGUGCUUCAUCGAGAGGCACCAGUUAAGACCUUCAGAAACAAGGCUGCCAAAGCCUCUGAAGAUGGAAAGCGUAAAAGGGAGGAUGAGGAUUCUCAUCGCUCCGAUAAGAAGACAAGGAGGAACUCUGAGGAUAAAAAGAGUUUCGGGUUUAAGAAAGACAGCCAGCGGUCGGGUAAUAAAUGA